CGUCAGACAUGCGUCAUGGCAUAUCCGCAUGGCAGGCGGAAGCACAUGGAAGUUUCCGCUGUUUGUUGACGCGUGAAGUGUUCGCCUGGUCGAAACAGUGUCUGUAAGCGCACGUUCUGUUAUAGAACAGAUGAUAUGGAACGUUUGCGGUUUGUCCGGUUCAGGUCGGAAGCGAGUCUAAGAGACGGCUAUCGCCCGCCAGUUCUGUCACACGGAAGUGCGUAGAAUACGCCGAAUUUUUGGUGCAUUCAUUGCCAUUUUUACUUCUUUAUUAUUCUGUUUCCCCACGUGUAAGGAAACAAAUCAGACGAUCGUCUGGCUGACCUCCCUGCUAUUGCUAUUUUUGCGUUCUCUAUAUGUCUCCCUGGACGUCGCAACUCGCGAGCGCUGCAUAACACUUCCACUGCGACAUUGUACAUGUGCGCUUGGUUGGUUCGAGAGUAUUAGGCGCAGUGUAAAAAAAAAUAUGCAGCCAGUGCAGCGGAAAAUGACGAUAUUUAGCCUUACGGUCCGUGACAUCGCCAAGAGCGACAGGACACCCUCUGACGAGCCAGAGCUGGCGGUGUGUAUGAGUGUGCAGCUGCCUGUCGCGCCUCUGGGAAUUCCACUCCCCGUUGAUCGUACGCGCGAAGUACAGCGAAGGGACACGCGGCGCGCAAGAAUAGCUCGCCGAGCGCACACUCCGUGGGACUCCCGCUGAGCCGGCGGCGCGUAGCAACCCGUUCCGUUCGGCGCUCCUGAACCCCAGGGCCGCAGUCGCGUAUUCCUUCCUCUCUCGGUUCAGCCGGGCACGUCACCGGACUUGGCCACGCAGGCCCACCACGUGCGGGCCAGCGCUGCCUGAUGACUGCCCGCGUGUGCGCUGCGCGGGUCCGCUCGAUCACCGUCACCCACGAGCAGCAUUUCCGUCGCUGCACUUCGUUGUCCUCGUUCGUUCGGCUUUCGCGUGCCAAUGACGUUGCCGAAUCGCCGGACAAUGGGCUGGUCGAGUUGUGAUGCGCGGUACGUUCAGCCUGGUGCGUUCUGCAUCAUCGGCCAUUGCUGUUCGCGCUGAACUGCCCUUUCCCGAGCGGACGUUGCAUCGUACAUUAUCAGUGAAAACCCAUCAUGCCCGAAACAGCGCCGUGGCAGCAAGAGUGCCUAUAGCGCAAAGCCACCGUCGCGAGCCCUGGCAGCUUCCGAUCCACCAGCCUAGCGGUCUUAGCGCGGCGUGGACCCCGCGCAUGGAGUGGGCCGGUGACGUCAGCAACGAUGGUGGUACCCACGACAGCUGCCAUGAAUCGCUACUCGGCGGACUGUGCCGGUCUUGUUGGCGCUAUGGCGCCCGUGAUGUGCGAGUUGUCACUGCGAAUCAGGGGCUUUUCGGACAAGUCAUCAACGUCACAUGACUACUACAAUGACGAGGCAUUCAAUCUUGAGGAUGCUGUCAACCACAAUGACGACACUAUGGUGGUCUUCGAUUUUCCUGUAACACCUCGUCGAACACGUGAAGAGGAUGUUUAUGAAGACUUAUGCUACGUCACCCUACGGGUGAAUGAGGUUCCUGCAGCUGCUCCUACUGCACCUUUAGAAAAGAGAGACUACUGUAUCAAAGAGCUCAUAGAAACUGAAAAGAACUAUAUUGAGGCCCUCAAUAUGAUUACACGUGAUUUUAUGCGCCCUUUGAAAGAUGUCCUGACACCUGAAGAAAAUGAGAUUAUUUUCAAGCACAUCAAGGAACUUGCAGAAACUCAUACGGGCUUCCAUGCAGACCUGCAUAAAGCUUGCUUAUCAUCUCAGCACCUCAAAAUAAGUGAAUGCUUUCUUCGCUGGAAGGAUAAGUUUAUUGUGUAUGGCGACUACUGCUCCAAUCUACCUAAGGCUCAAGAACAAAUUGACGAGCUUUGCUCUAAAAAACAGCUGGUCAACCAAUGUGUUUUGAACUGCCAGCAAAAGGCAAACGAUGGAAAAUUUAAACUACGUGACCUACUUUCUGUUCCUAUGCAGAGGGUUCUAAAAUAUCACUUGCUAUUGAAGGAGCUUAUGAAGAACACUGCUGAGUCACAUGAAGACUAUAACGGUUUGGAAAAGGCUCUGCACACUAUGCUUGAUUUGGCUCAUUAUAUUAAUGAGGUGAAGAGGGACAAUGAGACUCUGCAAAUUAUUGCUGACAUCCAGGCUAGCAUCACUGAUGUGGAUUUGCCCCAAAACAUGGAAUUGAAAGACUACGGAAGAUUAUUGAAAGACGGAGAACUGAAAAUUAAGUCGCAUGAUGAUAACAACAAAAUUAAAAAUAGAUAUAUUUUCAUUUUUGACCGAAUGAUGCUAAUGUGCAAGUCUACUAAGAUCAUGGAUAAACUUUUUGGGGGAGAGCAGUACAUCUACAAGUCUUCCCUGGCUCUUUGUGACUACAGGCUCGAGAAUGCACCAGCCAAUGCAAGAAUGGCAACUCGAUAUUACUGGUACCUGGUCCAUGUUGAGAACAGAACAGCUUACACGAUGUAUGCUAAAACAGAAGAAAUGAAAAAGAAGUGGAUUGAGGCCAUUGAAAAGGCAAUGGACAACAUUAACCCAUCGGUUGCCAAGUACACAGACCACCAGUUUAUGAUGCACACAUUCAAGGUUCCCACUUACUGUGCAGACUGCAACAAGUUGUUACCAGGAAUUUUCUUCCAAGGCUAUAAAUGUACAGUCUGCGGUCUCGGUGUACAUAAAGUUUGCAUUGGAACUGUCCGGUCCUGUGGUGCCCCCAGUCUGCCUCCACGGCCCAGUUCCCACCUUGGUUCACAGUCCUCAACAGAUGAGCCUACAACUCCCCCACGGCCACAUCAUGACCAUGGAGCCAAUGGGAUUCGCUUUUCAAUUUCUAUAGCAAAGGCCAAGCAGUCAUUCACCAGCUCCAGCCCUGGGUACCUGUCAUUUGCUGCUGAUGACAUCAUUGAAGUUCUCAGAAAAAUCAGUAGUUCCAUUUGGGAGGGCCGCCUACAAAGGACAGCAGAAGAGGGCUUUUUUCCUGCUGCAUGUGUUGAAGAGCUGGACAAGCGGGGCUCAUACGAGUGCCCAGCACCCCUGGGCAGGAGCUACAGCUCAGGACAGCAAGGCAUGCAGUCGUGUGCACCUCCCUUACCCCCAAGUCGCGACGGCUACGUCAACCUCAACCUUGAAGAGUAUCCCUGGUUUGCUGGCACUAUGGAGAGAGAAGGUGCUACUGCCCUGCUGGAAAAGUCACCCAGUGGCACCUUCCUGUUGCGCAUAAGUGCCAAGCAGAAUGGUGGCUAUGCUAUCAGCAUAAAUUUUGACAACCAAGUCAAGCAUAUGCGGGUCUGCUAUGAUGACAACCAGUUUUACCUAUCUGAGACGAAAAUGUUCCGAAGCAUAGUGGAGCUAGUUUCAUGGUACGAGACUCAUAGCCUGUCGGAGAGCUUUAAGGGGCUUGAAAUUUCCCUUCUCAUUCCAUUUAAAAACGUGGUCAGUGCACCAAUCACAAAUGGAACAGUGGAACACUUGGGGCAUGCAGUGGCAUUGCACAACUUUCAGCCAACAACAGAAAGCAUGCUGGGUCUGGUCAAAGGUGAUGUGGUCACAGUGCUCAGCAAAGCAGGCCAAGAAAAAGGCUGGUGGAAAGGUCAAAUUCAGGAGCGUGUUGGCUACUUUCCCUGGCAGUAUGUGCAAGAGCUUCCAGCUACCAGCACAGAGUGCUAGCUCGUCUGCUUGCCACUUCAAAUUCUGCUAGAAGUUUGUGGCUGCCCAUUUAUGGUCACAAAUUGCAGAGAGCAAUAGGAGCAUGCGUGGCUAGCAAUUGUGUAUUUAAAGGUGGAACAGAUACUGUGGAUUUAAGAGUGAACCUUAUUUUAUGUUAUAAGCAAAUCAUGUUGCACAUGGAAUAUUGCUCUGUUUGUGUGAUUUCUGCUUUGUUUCUUUUAAAUGUCUGCAGCAUUCUUUGAAGCACAAUAAGGGACACAAAUUGGACAUGCAGUAACUUUUUUUCAAUGUUAUGCUGUCUCAGUGAUGAUUGUGUGUAAAUGAUUGUGUGUACCUCAGUAUACUUGACAACCAGGCCUUAUUUCUUAAUCCAUUUUGUUUUUAACUUCAUCAGUGAAAGUUCAGUUCAUGAUUUUUUUUCCCCCUUAGGUGUUGUUUCCUCACAUCAGUCAUACCAUUUUGACAGACCGGUUAGCCAGAAGGUGUAGUGCUAGAGAGAACACCUUUCUGGGUCAUGUAAAUAAGCUCUCUAAUCGCCCUUCCCUCCCGAACCCCAUUAAGGACUUGCAACUUGUAGUGAAAUUACAUAUGCAGUUUAUCAUGCAUAUAAUCUUGCAAACUUUCAGUCAUGAUGAAGUGAGCCCGUGUGUAGAGUCUGCAAAAUUUUGAUGAUGAACUGGCACUUAUGCUAUUAACUUUUGUUGAUUAUCCACCUGGAAUGUAGCUGGUAUUUUUUAACUGCUGCCAAUAUUUUCAUGCAUUAUUGAACUUGAUUGAUUCGUGACCAUUCUGGGUGUGAUGAAGCAGGCAUACUAAGCCAAGCACUUGGGUCAUUGUGAACAAUAAAUACAAGUUUACAUAGACAGCUUGUAAAUUGCACUGGUGGUUGGCAGCCUGCCCAUAGGGCGACACAAUCAAGUUUCUAUAUGUAGGCCACAUUUUUUUAGAAUCUCUUAUCUAUUCAUGCCUUUUUUUUUCCUAUCAUCCACUGUUGUGAAGAUGCCUACAACAAAGAAAAGACAUGCCAGUCAUAUAACAUGAGCAUUAGCCAUUGAGCUUGCUCAAUGAGCAUUGUAAAGCAUGCGACCUGAUAACUAUUCUGCAAUUAUUGCCGUCACAACGAAUAUAUCAUGUUUUGAUAGAAUGUGCUUUGUGUUAAUCCCAUGUCCUGUAUUAUGAGUGAGAAAAGUUGAUGCAGGAACCUCAUUUUUAGUGCUCUUGUAGUGUAUUUAAGUGUUAACUCUCAUAACCUACCAUGUAUGUCGUUGGCCUAAUGCGGUUACCAAAAAACGCCAGCAAAAAAGGAUAAGAGCACAGGAAAUAGAAAUGUAGACAGGGCAGCACCCAACAUUUACCUUUAUUUAAGAAAAUUUAUUUUAUUUUAAAAAAUUGUCAUUCAACAAUUGAGAUAUUAAUUUGCUAUCUUGCCAUGAAACCGCAUACUUAUUGUGGAUAGCAAACCUGCGCAUGAUUGCUUCAAUGAAUGGCUGUUUUAAAAAUUUUGAUGUUUGUCCACUGCUAUCUUGUCGGCAUUCUGCUUCUUGUGCUCUCAUUUCCUUUUCAGCCUUGUUUUCUCGUAUUUCUCUGCAGUCGUGUAUGAGGUUGUCCACUUCUCAUUACUUGCUGUGGUCUUUCUGGUUGUCCAGUGAAUCCCUCCUAGUCAUGGCUGUUAGUCUUUUUUUUUUUAUCAGCUUUUAUAUUAUUUAACUCUUUUAGCUUUUUUGAUGGCUUGUACUAAUGAAUGUUAUGCUACCUAGUUCUAUCUUAUCUGCAUUAGAUGUUCUACUAAAACCACUGUUCCGGUUAACAUUGAAGUUUGAAUGGUAAGUUUCGUAUGGAAGGUUUGGCUGCAUCAUUUUGCUAUUUCUGCUCUACCACGAGCUUAAAUGCCGCUCAUUUUUGUUGAACAAAUAUAUUUGAUGUUCCAGAACAGAUAUUCAAAUUCUGUAGCAUAUAACAUGAAUGAACAAAUCUUUUGCCAAGUGUAUAAAGCAUCAUUAAUUUUUAUCAAAGUAUUUUUGGCCAAACUAAACUGGUGCAUGAGGGCCCCUUGCUGUGUCCCAACGUUGGAGGGAAAAAAAAAGGUUUGCUCACCUGGCUGUUAGGUGCAGCUGACACAAUCUGUGGCUUUAGAAUUGUUGUACUGUUACUUCAGAAGGCAGAUUGGUGCUAUUGUUGCUCACAAGUCCAUCAUUGAAAUGAACACAGACCUAGCCAAAAAAAACUCUUCAAUGAUGAGAAUUGUGUCUGUCUUUGUGGCUGUUUAUUUGCCUUGGGUGUUGCUUCUGGCCACAACUGUACAGUGUCGAAAGCUUUGCUAGGCCAGUCACCACUAGAAGAAGGCUGAUCAUAGUUAAAGGAGUACUGGCAUGACAUUUUCAACUCAUCAUUUUCCUGUAUUUAAUGAAGGUCUAAGCUCUAGUAAAAAUAGUGGCAAGUGUCGGGGCACUCUAAAUAAUUUACUAUAAUAAUUGUCUCUAUAAAAUAGUUCCAGUACCCAGGAGGUGGAAGUGUCAUGAUACACUGGCUCACUUCGUUCUUGCAAUCGCUGCAGCUGCCACACAAGAGUGCAGCCAGAAGAAACAUGCGCAGCACUAUUUUGCUUUUUUUAUGAGCAACAUCCUCAUACCUAGGCUUAUGGCUACCCGAUGUCAGCAAAUUUAGCUGUGCCCUGAUGUCACAAUGUCGAUGACACCAGGUCUGGCAUUUCUAGAUCAACUUUAGUACCAAAUCAGUACACUUGUUCACAGGCCUUCAUACUUCAUGUCACCCUUUUACAUGUGAGAAGUGUAAGGUAUAGUUUCUACAACUCUGAAAAUAUCUGUCAGUACUUCUUUAACCAGAAAACAGCGACCCUCCUCUGCACUUUCUUUUGCAUCAUCUAUACGAGCUGGUUCUUGCAAGUGUGGCCACUUCCUUGUGCUGCUGCAAGUAACUGAUAUUAUGAGUGAGCCGGUGAAAGUUGCAACUCCCCUUAGUGUAGGCACUUGUGUGAUGUACCUGAUCUACUCUUUUGCUGCAGCCAUUGCCGCAGUGUGUAGCUAAGCCUGUAUUGGCCCGCCGACUCCAUCAAAGGUGCUGUGCAACCAGCCCUUCUUUCGGGUGUCGUGCAGUGCCUGUACUAUUGCUGUUUCGCACUCCAGAGGGAUCACAUUUAGCUUGCCUGCCACAAGUGUACCUGCUCUACUUCUUCAUUACUGGCUCGACCUUUUUUUUCUUUUUUUUUUAAGGGUGAACACUACAGCAACUCUGCUUUCUUGACCUUGCACCCUUGCACGACCUUGUUGUAGUGCAUAUUGCAGAUAUUCUUGUGCACCUGUUGGAGGCUUGUAGUUUUACUCCUGUGUGUCGGCCUGCCGAGAGUCUGGCAAAGAAACUUUCAGUGUAACAUGUCCGAGAAAGCAUGUGAAAUUUCCGUUCCCCUCUCUCUGUAAAUGUUACAGCUGUCAAAACUCAACCUGUGAAUGCCGUGAGCUGCAGGUUGCAUUUUUGUGCUGCAUAAGGUACAUCCUGAUAGUGUCUAAUCGCACAGCUUAGAGAUCACCCCUGUAUACCUGACAUUCAUUCUCAAGGUGCCAUUGGCAUUGACAAUGCACUUUUUCUGUAUAUAUGCACACAUAGAUGUUUAGCUAUUGUAUUGUGACAACUAUUUUGUGCUAGAAAAACAUCAUAUUCACUGAAGCAUGCUUGAGCAAAAUAGUUACCAGUGAUGUUAGGUUCUCUACAUAAAGAAAAAGGCUAGUGGCUUGAUGUUCCACUAAGAAAAUACAGGUUACCAUUAUUUGUCUAUUUUCUUGGCACAAUUUCCUGCAAUGAAUACUGUGUUACAAAAGAACACACCAACAUACUGCACUCUCGUGCAAACCUUGCCUGUAAUCUUGUCGAUAUUGUUAGAUGCACACUAUGUUAUAUGUUCUUCUAGACAGUUUGAGUGCUCGUAGGUCUGUUAUUUGAAGAUAUUCAAAGGGUACUCCUGUUUUAUCUUUUCUACAAGUUUUUAUUUGUAGUGAUGGUAUUUUAUGAUCACUGAGUGAACAAUCACUUGGAAUUUAAAUUUUAAAGUAUGAAAAAGCAUGUUUUGUAGCAUUUGGUAAAGUCUGGAAAAAAAAUAUUUUUAGGCAGAUAGAGUGUGCCAUUUCUUUUAGCCUCAACAUAGUAUAAUUAUACUGUAACAGCAGAUCAUACGUGAGACAAGUCCCAGCUAGUUCUUUGAACAAUGCUCUUACAUGUGUGGUUAAAGCAGUACUGACGUGACAUUUUCAACUUUUCAUUUCUUGCAUGAAGGUUCUGGAAUUCUAAAGUCUAUAAAAAAGAUACUGGCAAGCAUUGGAGUGCUCCAAAUAAUUUAAUAUAAUAACUUUCUCCCAGGAGGUGCAUGUGUCAUGACACAGAAGGUGGUUGGUCACUUGCGAGCUGGACAUCACAAAAUUUGGCACUCGCUUCUGCUCGCUCAGUUGUCUGCUAUGCUGCUAUUUAUCGAAAAAUGAAAAGUUAAAAAUGUCAUGUCACUACGAUAAAAUGAAUGAUUAUCAAAACUGGGGCAAAAAUUUGGACGACUUUUUAAAAACCGAUUGAGGUGUCUCAAUCGUCCCAAUGUAUGGGGGACAUCAUUCAUAUGCUCUAAACAAGAGCCGUCCAGGAGAUUCAUAUUUUUUCUAGCCUGUCAGGCGAUGUAUGUGCCAAAUGCGUGAUGUGGUUACUGUGCCAACAUAUAUUAGAGUGUGCAUGUGUGUAUACAGAGCUAUUGCAGGGACAUGAGGGCACAUCUCAUUAGCUCGAGCCAAUGUGCGCUUUGUUUGUGCCUGUUCCAGUGCUGUUUGCCUAUUCUGUUAUUCAGCACUUCCACUGAGUAAGGCUAAAGUCAGAAGGCUCGCACAAUGUGUGUAUGCUUCAUUAAACACAGGUGUCAUAAGAGCAUUUUGAUCUAUGUAUAAAGCAGGUAAGUUCAAUAUCUAUAUUGAUUUUGUACUAUAAUUCUCCCAAAUCAACGCUGAACAUGUAGAUACUGAUGGCUACGUUAUUUGUUUUGAGCUUGUUUUGGCAACCUGAAUUUAUCCCCAUGAAAUAUUGCCACUGCAAUUUACAUUUUAUUGUUGUAUUGUUUUUGUUAAGGUAAUAAAAUAUUUUUUU